AUACGACUCGGACCAUAACAUGAUUUUCUUCAUUUAAAUCUUAGUUUAUAACAUAGUAAGUAUGUAAGUGAAAGUAUCAAUGAUUAACUCAAGAUUUUAACUAAGUAGGUAAAUCGUCUAAUACAUGGUGAUUAGUCAAAAACCUACUUAAUAUAAAUCUACCAGCUGCGCUAGGCGGUGCUGCAUCAGUGGAUGAAAGGACUCAGCCUACCGUCAAAACACACAGCUAACCAUGCAUCCGCUACGAGAGCGCGCGUGCGACGCACUGCUUAAUGACCCAACGCUGCAGUCGCCGCCGCCCAUUCCAGAGAAGCCGCGUCCACCGCGCGUACGCAGGCCGAGGGAAUUCAAACUGCCUCCACGAUUCCCGUUACUAACCGUCUUAUUCUACGAAAAUUGGUGCAACCACCAGAAACAGCUACAAAUGUCGAGGCAUAAAGUGGAUGACAGUCCACCGGAGCUGUUCCCGGAGCUGUACUUGAAGCCGCGGAGGCUGAAUUACUACGCGAGGCAGCUCGAGGAGAACAUGGUGGUCAACAAAGAUCUGCUCAAGAGGAUCAACUUAAUUCAAAGGACUGGGGGCUACGUAGACUGCUGGAUGCGGCCGGAACCCACCAACAAGUACAAUAAGCUGCUGUGCCAGCAGCGACAACGUGCUCUCGAUGAGAUCCAGCGCAAGAACAUCUACUUCUACUCCAGGUUACUUACAGCCAGAUCAGAGCAACCGCUGACACAUGAAUUCGACGAAUUGUGGAAAGAUACGAAACAUAAACUUAUAUUAGGAGCUUCUUUACCAUUUAUAUUAUUCAAAACUGGGAAAAUAGACCGUGACAUCAAAGACCCAGCAUUUGACAAACCUCCGAACGUUACAAGAACGAAAGUUGCAAUGGAGAUCUGGGUGCAGGGCGGGUCGAAAAUCGGCAGAGUGACAAUAGAACUGUUCAACGACAUCUCCCCGAAGACAUGCCAGCUGUUCCUGAGUCUGAUUCGUGGGGACAGGGGACACGCGUACAUUGGCACCAGGUUUUUCAGGAUAGUUCCUGAUCUAUACUGCCGAGGGGGCGACGUGGUCAAAGACAACGGUUUUGGGUGCUACCUCCCAGACGGCGCGUGCGAGCCCAUGGGCGCCGAAAAUUUCACAUUGAAGCACACCGUGCCUGGAGUAUUGUCAAUGGUUGUGACCAGUGACAACGAGGUCAGCGGGCAAUUCAACAUCAUAUUCAAGCCGUUAUCGCAGCUGGAUGGAAAACAUGUCGUGUUUGGCAGAGUGGUAAGCGGUCCAGCACAAGCGCUGGAGCGAAUCAGCGCGCUGGGUCUCCCGCUGGGGACGACAACAGACGACUGUAUGAUCCGCUACUGCGGGUGGUACACGCGCGCGGGGCAGUACCGCGAGGGUGCGCCCAACACCAUCAAGUUCCCGCCGAGGAGGAGAAAUUAAAGGGUAUCUUAAACAACAACAUAAAAAAAAACAUCCAGGAUAAAACAUCCAGGGUAAAACAUCCAGGGUAAAACAUCCAGGAUUUUCUCAUCUAGUGGAUCUGACAGUUGGAUCCAAUAGUUUUUCAGCUCUCCCAUCAAUUGUUUGAUACGGGGUUCAUUGGUCGGAGAAUGCCCCUCAAUUGGCGGAUGAGCUGCUGAUUGACAAGAAAAAAUGUCAGAACAGGAGUCCAAAUCAUCCUGAUUGAUUCCUAACGCUUUUUUGGGGUCAAGAGGUUGGUAGUUGUCCAUCUAAGAAAUUAUCAAUUUAAGGUGAGGAAGAAAAAUUGGAAGGGUUAAAGGAGUUAGAGUGGACUUUUUGAGUGGAAGUAAAGCGCGGAACGUAUUUCUGAUUUUUGUCACUAUAUCUUGCAUUAUUUUAUCACAAGUGAUAUUUUUUGCGGCUUUUUUUGUUUUAUUUUUUAUUCCAUUUUUGUUUGUUUUAUUAAAUGAGCGUAUUGUGCAGUAUA